AUAAAAAAAGUUGGAUUUAAACACCUUUCUGACUCUCAUAUAAAAACCUCUCUCCCAACACUCUUUUGUUCCUCACAAGUCACAAACAACACAAUCUCCCCUGCUUUCACCACCUGAGAGUUUCUCUUGCUCGUCCCACAAAAAUUGGUACUACCAAAAGAAAAAUCAAUCAUCGCCCUGAUCCCCGCUUGCUCUCUUAUCUGAUUUUGUUCUUUCCACACACUAAAUUGAAGAUGGGUAUGUCUUAAGGAAAUAACUUUGGCAUCAGAUUCUGCUUUUGAUUUCAUCGGUAUACAGAUUCUAAAAUUUUGUUCUUUCUUUAAUUGGACGACCAAAUCUGAAUCUGAGUCCUGAACUUGGAUCACUCGGAUUCGAAUUUUUCUUUUUUGACUCACACCCAUCUUGUUAUUUGUUAUUAAUUUCCUCGGAACAAGAACAAGCUUUGAUUUUAAGAGAGCGAGCAAAGAGUGUUGUGUAUUUAUAGACACUCAUGGCUGCAGCGAACAGUGGCAAAUUCGACGUGGGAGAUGAAACUCACAAGAAUUCACGAAAGGGUAGUGAAAGCCAAGAUUGGGAGAUUGAGAAGGGAAAGGGCGUGGAUUGUUCAAGCUCACAGAGGCGUCAAUGGAAGCCAGUUUUUGAUGACGCUUCCAUCUCAUACAAUAGACCUCUCAAGAAAAUCCGCAGCCCCGAUCGCCAAGAAACAAACCAAUCUUCUUCUUCUUCUUCUUCUACUACUCCUUUUGAACCUUCUCCACUCUCUAAUCCUCCUCCUUCCUCUUCAAGAAUAGUGUUUCCUUUUGCUUUUGAUGGUUCCCAACACCCCAUGCAAUUCCCUCACCAAUUUGGAACCACAACAAACUCACCUUUCCCUCACCCAUCUUUCCAAAACCAGCAACACCAGAUGAUAUCAUUUGGGUCUUCCCAACAACAUAACAAUCUCGCAUAUCCACCAAUCAUAGCCCGAGAUUCUUCUUCACUUGUACAUCAUCAUCAUCAACAACAACAACAACAGCAUCAGCAGCAACUUCUUCAGUAUUGGAGUGGCGCGUUGAAUCUAAGUCCAAGAGGAAUGUUAACAAGGUUGGGGCCAGAUGGAAGGCCAUUGUUUAGUCCUCCAACACAGCGCAUAAACACAACAAAACUCUAUAGGGGAGUGAGGCAACGCCAUUGGGGCAAAUGGGUCGCUGAAAUCCGUCUUCCACGAAACAGAACGCGUCUCUGGCUAGGCACAUUUGACACGGCCGAAGACGCCGCCAUGGCCUACGACCGCGAAGCCUUCAAGCAACGAGGAGAGAAUGCAAGGCUCAAUUUCCCCGAAUUGUUCUUCAACAAGGACAAAAAAGAACAAGGAGAAGAAGAAGCUUCUUCGCCGGUUCUUUCGGCUAUUGCAAAGCAGAAUGAACCUCCUCCUGCCCACCACCGUGACGUCACGAUAGAAGAGUCUAACGAAAAUGACUCAGGUGACGCCACCGUGAGCGACGAGGUUCAUGCUCCUGCUGCUACAGCGAGUUCCGAAGGGGUUUCUCAGGAACUGGUUUGGGGAGAAAUGUCUGCAUGGUUCAAUGCUAUUCCUGCUGCUUGGGGUCCUGGUAGUCCCAUGUGGGAUGAUUUGGAUGCCACCAAUAAUCUUCUUUGCCAAUCACACAUUCCUUUUUCCAAUCCCAAUCAACAACAGUUCAAUGAUGCUGAUGAUGCUCAGAGACAGGAACAAAACACAGGACCAGGUUACCUAUGGAAGGAUCAGGAUUGAAACUUUAAGUUCAUUUUCUAUAUACUUUGAUGGUUCCUUAGUUACUUCUCACUCACUAGUAGCACAUAUUUUCACCACACAACCUAUGAACCUUGCCUACUACUACUACUACUACUACUAUAUUCAUUUCCUUUUUAACUUCUUUUCUGCUGAACUAAGGCUCCGUGUAUUUCAGGGUCUUGCAGCAUUUUUUUCCUUACUUGACUAUUUUUGUUGUUUUUUUUAAAAAAAUAUUUAAUGUAUUUGGUAAAGGUAGAUUGGCACGACCAGGGAAGAAGGAGACGGUUUUUUGAUUUCCUUCUCGGUUGCUCCAUCCGUUAUGAGCUAUGUUUUUCAGCUCCAAGGAUGGAUUUAUAUAUAUAAUCAUAUUACUUCUUUUGUAGUUUGUAAGCUACCAUGUUAUGUAUCCUUUUUUUGUUGUUAUAUUAAAUAUCCAACACUUUGUAGUUUCGCAGCAUCUAUAUAUGUGAAUGUAAUUCGUAAUUAGC